CGUUAAAUAUAUGUCACAAAAUGUACAAAACGUAGAUGAUACAUGAUGGAAAUAUAUGGUCCAGAGGCUUCUGGGAAAACAACUCUUGCUUUACAUGUGAUUUCAGAGGCACAGGAGCAAGGAGGCUACUGUGUAUUUGUUGAUGCUGAGCAUGCUCUCAAUAAGGCACUUGCAGAAUCCAUUGGUGUAAAUACUGAAAACUUGUUGCUUUCACAACCAGAUUGUGGUGAACAAGCACUUAGUCUUGUGGAUACCUUAAUCCGUAGUGGUUCAGUUGACGUAAUUGUUGUUGACAGUGUGGCUGCUCUUGUUCCUAAAGGGGAGCUUGAUGGUGAAAUGGGGGAUGCACACAUGGCAAUGCAGGCUAGGUUGAUGAGCCAGGCCCUU